UACAGAUUGGUGGUCAAGUAGAGAGUAUGGGGAAGGGAAAGAGCAAGAGCAAGGACAAAGGGAAGGACAAGGGGAAGGGGAAGGGGAAGGGGAAGGGGAAGGACAAGGCGAAGAGCAAGAGCAAGAGCAAGGACAAGGAGGUGGUGGUGACGUCGGAGCAGAGUGACCAGAUGGAGAAGGGCAAGGGGAAGGGCAAGGGCAAGGGGAAGGGGAAGGACAAGGCUAAAUCCAAGGACAAGAGCAAGAGCAAGAGCAAGGGCAAGGUGCCUGCGAUCAAGGCGUCGAGCUCGGACAUGGCCACAUCGGCGCAGAUCGAUGGACUGUCUACGACCAAGGCCAAGGACAAGUCCAAGGCCAAGGCCAAGAACAAGGCCAAGCACGAGUUGCCCGUGAUCAAGACAUCAGCCUCGGACAGGGCCGCAUCGGCGCAAAGCGACAUGAAGCCUCGGCCCAAGGCCAUGCCCGAGACCAAGGCCAAAACCAAGGACAAGACCAAGGAGAUUGACAGCAUCCUUGCAUCAUCCGCCAAAUCGGUCAAGUCCGCGACAUCGACCAAGCGGAAGCGGAGCACGAGUUCGCUGUCGUCAUCGGCGACCAAGAAGCAGAAGCCGCUCGCUGCGGCCCGCCCGGUCUUUGUCAUCCCAGACAAUCUCUCGGGAUCUGCCUCGUCCAACUCGCUCUUCGGCACAGGCUCUAGCUCGGCAUCUGGCUCGGCGUCGGCCUCGGACACCAAUUCAGACUCUGACUCGGAUGCUGGUGACACGAUGGCUAUGGCCAUGGCAGCUGUAAUGUCCAACCGCGGCCCAUCGGCCGGUGUUGUCGACAUGACGCCCGAGCUCGAGCCAAAGCCACAGGUUAUCGACCGUCGCUCGCUGGAACGCCCACGCAAGCGGCCGGCCAGCUACGGCGGCCAGGUUGAGAAGCUCUCCCUCAACUUUCCGUCGUACUCGGACCUGCCGCGGCUGGAAGAGUACGACGGCCGCGAGGAUGAUUUUUACGAGGACAUGGCCAACAAGUUUGCCGCCCGUCGCACCCUCGGCCUCUCGGUCGGCCGUGACGAUCGCGACGAAGUGCCCGAGUCGGACGAUAAUGUCAUCGCCGGCCUCCGCAUCCCCACAGGCUACCUCAUCCGCGGCGACAUCCGGUACAUCUCGCGCGUCCACCCGCACAACCCCAAGUGGUACCACUGGCGGGUCCGGAUUCGUUCCCAGGGUAUCCACUUCCGCGCCUGGCUCACCCGCGAAGAGGCCGCCACCAUCAUCUCGCUCUGCUCCACCGGUGCCGUCGACAUCUUUGAGCUCAACUACAUCGUCCGCCGUAUCACCUGGCACGACCGCGACGCCCUCCCAGACUCGGCCGAGGACAUCAUCUGGCGCUCGGCCGCUCGUCGUGCGGACCCUAUGUUCAAACCCAUCGAGCACGACAUCCUUUACUGGCCCACCAUCCGCAUGGACGCCCGUGUCGAUCGCGCAGACUCAGGCAGGGUCAUCUGCUCCGGCAUCACCGCCCGGCAAAAGUACAACGACGACGUCUACCGCUACGUCCUCUACUUUUCCUCAAGCCCAUACUGCUCCAUCUACCUCCACGUCUCGGUCGACGAGCUCAUGACACUCGCCACGCGUGUUAAUCAGGGCGCCAUCUCCAUGCGCAACCUCUACUACCUCAACAAGUACGCCAACAGCAUCGCCACCGCAAAAUGUGCUCGCCCGGUCUCCGCCACCGGCAGCCCCUACGUCUCGUCGCAGUUUGAUGCCGACAAGUCCAAGAUCGCCGCGGGCGCCAAAGCUGCAGAGCGCGCCCUGCGCGAACUCGGCAUCUCGGCACGCUACCCGCCCCGCAGCGGCAAGUAAACCCCAUCCACUGGC